GGAAUUAACCAUGUUGUGAGAUUUGGGUCUAAAUCUACACACAGAACAGAACAAAAAUCUUCCCGCGUCCGUUGCAAUGUUUCCACAACCAUAAAAUCAACUAUUUUUUACAGCUGCAGACACUGCCAACCAUAUCACAGCACUGCAAAUAAUCCAUAUUAGAUAGCACUUUUUUUUAUGUAUCUAAUGACCAAAUAUCCCUUUGUGGCAAUCUGAUUAUUAUUAAAGGACAUAUUCUCUUGUAUGAAAAUGUCUCUUCUGGUGCGGGUGCGAGAAUCGCGGGGAGCGUCAGCCAUUUUUGCAUCAGCUCUGCUGGUAUUUGCGGCUUCUUCUGUCUCCUCAAUGGAAGUUCUCGUGGCCCAGCAGAUUAAUGCGCUGAAUGGCACCACAGUAAAGAUCUCCUGCACUUUCACCUCCUGCUACAAACUGGAUAUCAGCAAAUUUGCUAUGAACUGGACCUACCAGGAGACCAAAAAUGACACAGAGGAGAUGUUUAUGACCUUUCUGAAGAGCAGAAUAAUUCCUCUGAGGACGGAGCGUUUUUGGGACAGGGUGAAGUUUGCUGGAAACCUUGACAAGAAUGACCUUUCCAUCACUAUCUCAGACGUGCAGCUGACAGACGAGGGGAUCUAUAACUGUUACGUACGCAAUCCUCCUGAUCGUGUCGAGGGUCGUGGAAGAAUCCAGCUGUCUGUAGUCACUGAGUUGCCUCCUCCCAGAGACUCGACCAUCGCAGUGGCAGUCGGAGCAUCUAUAGGAGGCAUGCUGGCUCUGGUGAUCCUCUCCAUGGUCAUCAUCAAGUGUGUACGCAGACAUAAGAAACAGGAGCUCAUCUCUGAUGAACAGAAAAUGGAGGAGGAAGGAAAAACAGAUGGAGAUGGAGGCACAGAAGAAGGAACCAAACAAAUUUAAGAUGGCUAUGACCUGAAGGGCUGAAACUCCGGCUGAACCCUGCUCUUCAUACACAGAAAUGACUUUUGCUUGAGCCCCAAUGCUAUGUGGCUGCAGUUCUCUUUGGUACGGAUCUCUCCUCAUUUCACAGCCACUAUAUACAAUUGGAUUUCUGAAAAUCUCAGUUAAAGCUUGACCUGCCAUACAUUCCGAGUGAGUCAGUGGAAGAUCAGGUUUCUAUUCUCCACUCCUUAAUUUCAUAUUGAUAAAAAUCUUCCACAUAGUAUUUGUAGGAACUUUUAAAAUAUUUUUGUUUUUUGUCUUCCAACCACUGCCAGUACGUUCACAAUGUGACUCAUGUUAAAGCUAAAGCACACUAUUCCUACUGCUGCCUCAGUGGUAGAGGUUUGACAGAUUUUUAUAGAUGUUUCUGCUGUUUUAUUUGUAUUUGCCGUCUGAUGCAAAAAAAAAACAAAAAAAAAUCCUCUCUUUGAGAACCAAAUGUACUGACAAGUAUAGCAACAUUCCAAAAAAGCCACUUUGGUGGUUUAAAAUAUGUUCUGCUUCUGCUUUACUAAUCAUGGGUGUGUUUCCUGAAAAAGAUUAAUUUUAGUGAAUACCUAAACAGACGAUUCUGAACUAAACCUUUUUUUUGUUGACACUAGCUAGGGAGUCUGGGGGAAAGUCUUUAAAUUCACAGCAGAAGUAAAACUAAACUCUAAUGGAUCAGCAACUGAAACAGCAGAGAUUCUGUAGCCUGAUAACAUUACCAUAGUUACCAAUAGACAUUUAUAAAAUCAUUUAGUUAUUAUAUAUUUAGUAUAUAUUAAAAUACUGUAUCUAUCAUAAAUAAAUAAUGUAAUUAUUGAAAAAAAAAAAACAGUACAAUUUCAACUAUAUUGAUUACAUUUUAUUACGUUUUCAUGAGAAUUUAAAAUCGGUUUUAAAAGUUUUAAGUUUGCUCUAAACACUAACUGUCUUACUGUGUUACUGUUUGCUACCUAAAUCUGAUGUAAUGUAUGUUCCAGAGCUAAUCGAUAUCAGUAUUUCAGCUCAGCAUUAGUUAGUUAGGUUAGUUAGCAUUAGUUAGGAGGUCAUUUACAUUAGCAUUUGUUCACUAGUCUGAGGUCGUGUAGUGUCAGUUGUGAGGGACGGGGUGUGUGUGAACUAAAGUCUGAACAAAUCCUUUGUGAGUGUUUUUUUUUUCUUCUCGUUAAGAUGUGGGACUGGAGAACUUGGACUAGAGUUCUGGGCAGCUUCUAAUCUGCUGAUUGUUAAACUGAUUGCUGCUGAGUUAUGAGCGUGGUCCUGUAUCUGUGUCUUGGUGAGUCUGUAGCUGUGGUGUGAUGAGGAGAUGAGCUCAUGGAGAAGAACUGAUCUAGAAGUCUGAUCUGACUGCCAAGGGAGGAGGUGUGAAAGGAUCCAAUUAAAGACCUUCUUGGGGUUAAGUGCAGCCAGAUGGACUUGUUUAGUGGAAGGAUGAAAGUUGAAACCUAGAAAGCUAGUGCGAUAGUGAAGGAAUGGCAUUAGCUCACUAUGGGGUUUUCACAGACUGUGAAAGAAUGAUCAAUUAUCAGUGUAUUCCAAUGGAAUGGAUGACUGAUCAAACCCCCAAAGAGCAGCUUGGACAAUGAGGCAUGGCUCCCAUAGCUUGAAGGCAUGUCUGACUCAAGAAGAUUUUUCAGGGUGGAAUGAGAAGCUGUUCCUGGCUUUCUGGAGGAGAUGUGUCCAGCAGAGAGAUGUGAGCGUAAAGAGCUAUUUCAUACUAUUAGACCAGCUAAACCAGUAAAGAUCAUCUAAGAUGACCAUUAUAAACUGGUAGACCACUGACCAAGUAAAUCUAGGGUAAAGCUAGGGUGACCAGCAUUAGCUGGAAUAUCAGUGACAAGACAAGCUAGCAUGAUGAGCUAGCAUGACUAUUACAGGCUGGUAGAGCAGUAAAAUAGGCGGGUUUUGGGAAUACCCAUUAAUUAAAGAACAUUCUUAAGAUGGAGAUAACAAACUACUUUUUUAUUAACUUUAAGCAUCAGGAACAUUUCAAGAAACACACCCUAGAGCAGUAUUUAAGCAGCAUUAUGUUUAACAAGAAAUUCUGGCUUUUUUCCUAUUUGGUCGUCAUAUAAUGACGUUAAAUUAUCAUUCAGGGAAAAUUGCUGAGAUAAAACAUCUAGUAUAUAUAGAUUGAAAUUUUAUUAUAUAUAGUGAAUGAAUGAAUGUCUGAAGAGUAAUGUUGAGUAUUUUUCUUUUGUAAAAGUAUGUAGCUAAGCUAUCACACACACAUACACACACACAUACACACACACAUAUAUAUGUUAGUAAAUAUUGUUUUUAAAUGUUUGAAUGAAACAACCAGUCAGACACAUACAUGGGGUUAUUUUUGUGCACACGUGAAAGCCAGUCUUGUCUGCAGAGUCAGAUCGUAAUCACACUAGAGCUCGGGAAGUGACUGAGACCAGUGUUAGAUUUUAAUUAGUUUCUAAACUAUUAGCAUCACUUAUGUAGAAAAACAUCUGUAGCUCUUUCUUAUGCAAAUAUCCGUGCACUGCAAAAAUGUUACCUUAGCAAAAUAUCAAAUAUACGCAGAUUUAUCUUGUAUUUCCUGAAAUACGAUUAAACCAAUAUAACAAGCUUUACAUUGUCCUCAUCUAUUGGCAGAUCAUUUUACUUCUUGCUAGAAAUAAAUGUUAAAAUAAAUAAAUACAUGUCUGCCAAAAUUACCUUGAAAUUAAGCUUGAAAUUAAAAUCAUGGCUAAAAAUAUGAUUAAUAAUUGAAUUUAGUUUAUUUUAAUCUUACAAUAAGAAAUACUAGAUAGAUUUGUCUAUAUUUUAGGUAUUUCUACAGUAUUUUUGUGGUUAUCUAUAUCAACAGCUUAAAGAUUCACGAGUAUGAUAAUGUAACGUUCACUCUACAUGCAGUAUAAAGUAUUUUGUUUGGAAGUAAAACAUAAACAAUAAAACAUUCUCAUCUCCAUAUGCAGAUCUAUUCCCUACCUUACUACUGACUUUAGUACUGAAUUGUGGCAUGUUUUUGAAUCCAUUGCAUGCUGUAAAUAUUCCCUAAAAACUGUGCUGUUCUGUGCUGAGGCAAGAGGUUUGAUGAACAUAUAUAUAUAUAUAUAUAUAUAUAUAUAUAUAUAUAUAUAUAUAUAUAUAUUUUUUUUUAUUUUAUUUAUUUUUUUUUUUUUAAAAUAGCAUAUAAAUGAGUUUUACUUUGAGCUUUCUAGUAUCUAAAUUAACAACCAAAAACUUAAAAUGUGACCAAACGUGUAUUUUAGUGGUUUUAGUCCCAACAUAGCGAGAAGUUCAGGCACUGCACAGUGUGGGUUUCUCUCAGAAAGGGGUUCUGUCUUAUGACACACUGGUCUGUCUGUAACUGAGUAAGUGAGAAUCACAUGUAGAACUUGUAGACACUAGUCACAAUAUAAUGUAGAUCUUGAUGUGCCUGAGGACUAAAUGGAACAGUGUUUGAAGAUUGCACCAUAUUCACACCACUGGAGCUAGUUAACCUUGAUGACCAUGAAGGAAUUGCACUGCAGUGCCGUGGUAGCAGCAGUGCAUGCGUCCUUCAGCAGGAUGCCUUUAUGAUGAGGUCAUUCCUCAUAUUGUGUCAGAUUACAGUCAGAGCAGGACGUCCAGCAUGUGUGUAGACCCUGGUGAUGAUGUCCUCCACCGUGGGAGCAGCUCAUGAGCAGAUGAACUGUUUCAUUUUAGUUGGCUGCUUUGCUGAGGGGCUCACUGCUGUGACCCACUCUUACACAAAUAUCAUAAGCAUGAAAGCUUGCAUUAAAACCUUUUCAAGACUUUGUUCACUCAGUGUUGUACGAGACCCAGCAGGGUCUCAGAACAUGUAAUGCUAGCAUUUAUCAAACAAUAUGUUACUUCAUGAAUUGUUUGGAAGUUACACAGGUGAUUCUCAUGACCCCUGACAGUGAAACAGACCUGACUAGUGCUCCUGGAUAGCGCUGCCAGUUUAUACGUGCAUUCUUAUAUUUUGUCAAAGGCAAGAAUAGUGUUUCUGGAUUUUGAAUUUUUGAGAAUAUAUUUUAGAUGAACAGUAAACACCGUCUCCAUUGUGUGAAUAGACUUGUUCAUUAAGACCCUGUUCAAAAUGACCUUCAGGCUAGAUCAAUUGCUAAUUUCUGCUUUCUUUCAUUAUCCUUCAAAUAUGUUACUUUCUCUUGAUAUUUCUCAAUAUUUUUAAAGUCACAGCAUGGAGUCUUGAAUGAACGUAAAUCUCAGUGCAGCUUGAUGAAUUUACAGAAAUACACCUGAUUUCUAAUGCAGUACUUCAAAGAGAAUACCAGGGCACUGAGCCUUAACCUUCAGUGAUAUUCACACACCUAAUGAUCACCUGAAUAGAUGAAUGAAUAAAUGAGUGGACGAAUGGAUGGAUGGAUAGAUGGAUGGAUAGAUGGAUGGAACGAUUGAUGGAUGGAUGAACGGACCAGCAUGAUUAGCUAAUGCAGUAGAGACGAUAGACAGCAGUAUUAAAAGACCCUUACGAACCGUAUAAUGCAUGGUUUGAUGAUCGUGCACAUCUCUGAUUGUUCCAGUCUUUAUUUUUUUCAGUGUGUAUGUGAAUGUGAUGUUAUAAGUGUUAUAUGUAUGUUGUAAAGGUUUUGUCAUUAUGCUUAAACUGUGCUGCAUAUGUUUAAACUGAAUGAGAAUUACGUGUCAAGCGGACCACAAAUUUUAUUCAGUUAAUGUAAAUCAUUGCUUUGCACUGGAAAAAAUGUACACUAGACAGUAUUAAAAUAAACUAUAAAUAAAGUUA